AUGUUAUAGUAAAAUACUCCAUAAAAGUGUAUAUAUUGUCUCCUAGUGUAUAUAUUAAGUUUCAUUGUUCGUUUCGUUGUUGCAAGAAAACUCACACAAACCAAACCAGUGACAGAACAAACUCACACAUGGCAGAAGAAAAGAAUCAAGAACGGAAAGAUAGAAAGAUGAAGAGAAUUCUUCUCACAAUUAACUGUUUAUUAUUAGCCUUAGGAAACUCCGGUGGUCCCCUCAUAAUGCGUCUCUACUUCAUCCACGGCGGCCACCGCGUCUGGCUAUCCAGUUUCCUCGAAACCGCCGGUUUCCCUGUAAUGAUCCUCCCCCUCACAAUCUCAUACAUCAACCGCCGCCGUCUGCAUCUAAAUCCACCACCAUCAACCACCACCGAACCCGCCGCAAAGCUGAAAAUAAUCUCCAUGAAACCUCCUCUCUUCUUCGCCGUAGCUGUCAUCGGAAUCCUCACCGGCCUCGACGACUAUCUCUACGCGUACGGCGUUGCUCGGCUUCCAGUUUCCACUUCCGCGUUAAUAAUCGCUUCGCAGCUUGGUUUCACCGCGGUUUUCGCUUUUCUUCUUGUGAAACAGAAAUUCACCGCUUUCUCGAUAAACGCCGUCGUGUUGCUUACAGUUGGAGCGGGAGUUUUGGCUAUGCAUACCUCUGGAGACCGACCUGCCGGUGUUUCUACGAGGCAAUAUGUUAUCGGUUUUCUCACUACUCUUGCUGCUUCUGCAUUAUAUGGAUUUGUUUUGCCUUCAAUUGAAUUGAUUUAUAAAAAAACCAAACAAAACCUCACUUAUUCUCUUGUUAUGGAAAUUCAGUUCGUUAUGUGUUUAUUUGCUACUCUCUUCUGUGCCGUCGGCAUGAUUGCAAAUAACGACUUUAAGGUGAUUCCGAAGGAGGCUAGGAAUUUUGAAUUGGGGGAAAAGACUUACUAUGUGGUGUUGGUGAUGAGUGCAAUGUUAUGGCAAGCGUUUUUCUUGGGAGCAAUUGGGGUUAUUUUUUGUGGUUCAUCUUUAUUGUCUGGAAUUUUAAUUGCUGUAUUUUUGCCGGUAACUGAAGUUUUGGCGGUAAUUUUCUAUAAAGAGAGAUUUCAAGCUGAGAAAGCGGUUUCUCUUGUACUUUCUCUCUGGGGUUUUGUGUCUUAUUUCUAUGGUGAGAUUAAACAAGAUAAGGAAAAGAAGAAAAAACUUGCUAUGGAGACAGAGAUGGGGCAUAGUCUUGAAGUACUACCUGCUCCAUGAUUGCUAUACAGGUUAUAGUUGUAGAAAUGUGUGAUUUGUGUGUGACUUAAGCGAAAUGCUUUAAUUGAUAAUUGAAUGUUUUUUUAAUGGAAAAAAGGAUAUGCAAGUGUGAACUUAUAGUCAAAUAAAUUUUGAGUAGUUUAUAACUGUUUUUAGGAAAAUAGUGCUACUAAAGAGUGCUUUAAGAGAUUGUUUAAUAGUUUAAGAUGAUACUCCUUCCAAAAGACGACGGAUCUACAUGGGGUCGCGGAUAUAGAGAUAUGUACAUGUAAAUACGUAAUGUCUUGAUGUAAAGCUAUGUUUACUUUUAAUAUGUUAUUUAUUAAUAAUUUGUUGA